AUGGAAAGAGUAAAUUCACGAGAUACGUUUUCAACACUAAUAGAAAAUGAAGAACAACCAUCACAAGACGAUUUACCCGUUGAGGAUACAUCAGAUUUGAUUUCAUUAAUAUCAUCUCAAGAUACAUUAAUUAAUCCUACUAUUAAAAUAAUGAAUCAAAAUAUAACUAAUUUUACUCGAAUAUAUACAUUGCCUUUAAUAUCUAAUUUUUUACAUACAGGAGUUUAUUUAUAUUUAAAUUGGAAUGAUAUAAUAUUAAAUAAACCACCAUUACUUUCAAGAUCAUCAACCAAAUUCACUAUUUUUAAAAAAACUCCCCUUUUAAUAAUUCAUAAACACGAUCCAUUAACUAAUAAUAAAGAAGAAUUUUGUAAAGUUGAAUUUAAAAUUCAUAGUAUUCAUAUAACUUAUUAUAUUUUAGAAUUUCCAACGUUGAAUAAUUUACGAGUAUAUUUAAUUAAUAAUAAUAGUUUAAAACCAACGGUUGAUUUUAUUUAUAAUGAUAGUAAUUUUAGAAUAUUUGGAAUCACUGGAACUACUUCAGCAUUAGGUACUUCACCAGAAAUGAAACUUUAUGUAAUGCCAAAUGAAUCAAAUAAUUUAUUAACAUAUAAUAAUGAAUUUUUAAAUAAUGGUAAAAAAAUUAAAAUUGAUAAUAAAUUAAGUAAAUUAAUUAAUAAUCAAGAACAAUCUAAAAUUAAUCAAUUAUUAAAUGAUGAGAAACCAAUGGUUGAUAUACCAUUAGCUAGAUAUUUAGAUCAAAGAGAUGUUAAAAUUAAAAUUGAUACACAACAAAAACAUAUUAUUAAACAUGGAAUUAUUAAAAUGUUUGAUUGGAAAGAUAAUAAUUCACAAGAUGAUAAUAAUAAUGAUGUAAGUGAUGAUAUGUUAGUUAUUUGUUGUAUUAUGUUGGUAUUAAGAGAGCAAGAAUAUAGAAAAUUCAAAGGUGGAUGA